CUCGGGGUGAGUCAGGGCCAGUGGGUGGCCGAGGAGAGGCGUUUCCGUUUCCGGAGGCUGCGAGCUGGGGGUGGGAGAGGGACUCCGAAAGGGAAGAAAGAAAGGAAAGAGAGCAAGGAACCAGGAGGAGGCGGCGAGAGAAGGCACCGAGAGGCAGGACGGACGGAGGGAGCCAGCCCGCUGCUGCCGGGGCUCAGGAGGACCAGAAAAAUGAAGGCAGGUUGUCCCAUUGUGGAGAAGCCGGAAGCUGGCGGAGGCUAUCACUUCCCAGACUGGGCCUACAAGACUGAAUCCAGUCCAGGCUCCCGGCAAAUCCAGCUCUGGCACUUCAUCCUGGAGCUGCUGCAGAAGGAGGAGUUCCGGCACGUCAUUGCCUGGCAGCAGGGCGAAUACGGGGAGUUUGUCAUCAAAGACCCCGACGAAGUGGCCCGGCUGUGGGGCCGGCGGAAAUGCAAGCCCCAAAUGAACUACGACAAGCUGAGUCGGGCCCUCAGAUACUAUUACAACAAGAGAAUCCUCCACAAGACAAAAGGGAAGAGGUUCACCUACAAGUUCAACUUCAAUAAGCUGGUGAUGCCCAAUUACCCCUUCAUUAAUAUCCGGCCUACCGGGGUCGUCCCGCAGAGCGCUCCUCCUGUCCCCACGGCGUCUUCCCGCUUCCACUUCCCUCCUCUGGACAGCCACUCUCCCACCGAAGAUUCUCACCAUGGCCGUUUCCCCGGCAGGCUCCUGGUGCCCCCGCCUGGCACAGAAGGUCUCAAUAACGGCGCCCUCGGCGAGAAGUCAUCCCCGGUGCCCGAAUUGGAUAGCGGCUCCCCGGACUGGCGUCACGGCGUGGACCCGCUGGCCUCUCGCAACUCCUCCUCUGCUGCUGCCGCUGCCGCCUUGGGCGGUGUUGCCCCCCAGAAGCGUAAGCCGGACUUGGUGCUUCCUCUCUUUGGCCGGUCGGGGAUGUACCCUGACCCGCACAGCCCGUUCGCCGUCUCCCCGCUCCCGUCGCGCGGAGGGAUCCUGAACGUCCCGAUCUCGCCCGCCUUGUCCCUGACGCCCACCUUCUUCUCCUACAGCCCCUCCCCCGGCAUGAGCCCCUUUGCGCCCGCUGGGGGCAGCUGCUUCUCCUUCAACCCCGAGGAGAUGAAGCACUACCUCCACUCCCAGGCUUGCUCGGUGUUCAACUACCACCUGAGCCCCAGGACCUUCCCUCGCUACCCGGGCUUGUUUAUGCCCCCCUUCCCGUGCCCCCCGGCACCUCCGGAGGAUCAGGCCCCAUUUCCCAUCAAGCUGCAGCCUCCGCCGGUCGGGCGCAAGAACCGGGAGAGGCCGGAGAGCGGGCCCAGGGCUUCUCAGCCUCCUCCGGCAUCGCCCCCGCAGAUUAAGACGGAGCCUGUCUCUGACCCGGAGCUGGAGAGCAGAGAGUCCCCAAAGAGAGACCAAGUGGGGCGGGAGGAAAGCGACAAUGCAGCUAAGACCCCCAAUUAUCAGGAACGGGAGAAAGAGGCUCUCUUUGCCAGGCCGGUGACCCCGACGUGGGUUGCAGUGUCGCCAUCCCCUAGUCAGGCCAUCACCCCGGCUGUUGAAAAGCCGAAGCAAGAGGAAGGGGUGGGUGACAGAGCAGGCCCCCCGGAAUCCGUGGGAGAGGCACCAGCCCCGGAAAAGAGGGAGGAUGCCCUGAUGCCCCCCAAGCUGCGCCUGAAGCGCCGCUGGAAUGGUGACCGGCAGGCAGAGGUCUCCGAGGAGGGUCCCGGCAGGCACCCCAUCUGGGGCAGCCGCCUGGACACCCCUCAUAUCCUCCUGGCCCCCAAGGCUGCCAUGGAUACUUAGACUUGUGGGGUUCCACAGCAGUAGGGCUCUUCCUUUGUCCCGUCACAAGGUUGGCCUGGGCUGGGGCCCGGAUGGUGACGACAACAAUGAGGGCUGGAAUGGUUUGCUGAAUUCUAGGCUUUUUUUUUUUUUUUUAUGGGAAGGGGUUUGCUUUGUGCGUGUGUGUGUAUGCGUGUGCGCAUGUUAAUUGCAGGUAAAAUGCAGUCCGCCAUGUUUUGGGGGUACUGGGGCGGGAAGUUACAAAAGUCCAAAACACCCCCACACUUCCACCCUAUCCCCAUUUUUUUUCCUAUAGCAUUUUAUAGACGCAAGAAUCUGCCUGAAUGUAUAUAAAUUGUGUUGUUGGAAGGCUUUCGUGGCUGGAAUCACUGGGUUACUGUGAGUUUUCUGGGCUGUAUGGGUGUGUUCCAGAAGCAUUCCCUCCUGACGUUUCACCCACAUCUAUGGCAGGUAUCCGCAGAGGUUGAGAGGUCUGUUGGAAACUAGGCAAGUGGGGUUUAUAGACCUGGAAUAAUGUCCAGGGUGGGAGAAAGAACUCUUGUCUGUUGGUGGCAAGUAUGAAUGUUGCAAUUGGCCACCUUGAUUAGCAUUGAAUAGCCUUGCACCUUCGAAGCCCAGC